UUCUUCGCCUCCUUCCGCAUUUCUGGGCCCAGCUGCAGACGGAGCGACGGCUCGGGACAAGGGCAAGGCUGUAGAAAUUUGGUGGUGCAGGAACAUGUCCCAGUCAGCUGAAAAAGUAAAGUUUUCUGACUCUGCUGGCUAUGUGGGGUUUGCCAAUCUCCCCAACCAAGUCCACCGGAAGUCGGUCAAGAAAGGGUUUGAAUUCACCCUCAUGGUUGUCGGAGAAUCCGGUUUGGGCAAAUCCACUUUAAUUAAUAGUUUGUUCCUGACGGAUUUGUAUCCUGAACGUUACAUCCCUGGAGCUGGAGAAAAGAUCGAAAGGACGGUUCAGAUCGAAGCUUCGACCGUCGAAAUUGAAGAGCGAGGGGUCAAGCUGCGGUUGACGGUCGUGGACACUCCGGGCUAUGGAGAUGCCAUUAACAGCCAAAACUGUUUCAAAACCAUCAUCCAUUAUAUCGACAAUCAGUUUGAAAGAUACCUUCACGAUGAGAGUGGUUUGAAUAGACGCCAUAUUGUAGACAACCGAGUCCAUUGCUGCUUUUAUUUCAUUUCCCCUUUUGGACAUGGACUGAAGCCUUUGGAUGUGGAAUUCAUGAAGGCAAUUCAUGGAAAAGUGAAUAUUGUUCCUGUCAUAGCGAAGGCAGAUACUUUAACUUUGAAGGAAAGGGAACGGCUGAAGAGAAGGGUGUUAGAUGAAAUAUCCGAGCAUGGCAUCCGGAUUUACCAGCUGCCUGAUGCCGAUUCCGACGAGGACGAAGAGUUCAAAGAACAGACAAGGGUCCUGAAGGCCAGCGUUCCUUUCGCUGUGAUCGGGUCCAACCAGCUGAUCGAAGUGAAGGGGAAAAAGAUCCGAGGUCGCCUCUACCCCUGGGGGGUGGUGGAAGUGGAGAACCCCGAACACAACGACUUCCUCAAGUUGCGCACGAUGCUGGUGACACACAUGCAAGAUCUCCAAGAAGUAACCCAGGAUUUGCAUUACGAAAACUUCCGGUCGGAGAGAUUAAAAAGGACUGGCAAGCCUGCGGAAGAAGAAGUCAUGGACAAAGAUAGGAUCCUUCAGCAGAAGGAGGCCGAGUUGCGUCGUAUGCAGGAGAUGAUCGCCCAAAUGCAAGCCCAGAUGAGGAUGAAACCUGCAGACGAGUAAGGAGGCAUCCUCAGACUUUGACACGGGGGACUCGGUGGCUCUUAAAGACUCAGGGGUCAUGAACUGAAAUUGAAUUUCAAUGAUGACACUAAUGGAUUUGGAGAGGUUCAUGCUUGGACGCCGGAACCAGGAUAUGACGCAGUGCAGCUAAGAACCCUUGGAAGUUCACAUUGGAAAAAAAAUUGAACCCACCUGUCCACGUAUAAGUAUAACCAUUGUUUAUAUCUCCUUUCAUGUCUUGCUAUGCAUGAAAUGUAGCAUCACGAUAUGGUACAAUAUUAUUUUUCUCCCUCCUUUUGCAUCCUUCGAUGUGUCUCUUGCAUUGUUUAAAAUCCCCAGUGAACAUGGCACGUUGCAUCUGCUGAGCUUUAGAAGCAGGACUUAAUUCCAUUGUUCUCUUCUGCCCAGGUGGCUCUGGAUACAUUUCUACCCUUCUCUCUCUCUCUCUCUCUCUCUCUCUCUCUCUCUCUCUCUCUCUCUUUUCUUUCUUUUUUUCUUCAUUAAGCAAAUCCGUGCAUCUUUACUAUAAACAUGCCCUGUCGGAAUUAUAUUUUAGUUUAAGACUUGCCGAAUUCUUCUGAGCCUUGUGAGUUGUAGAUACAUUUAUUUGCCACCUAGCUAGGUGCAUUUAUAGCAUUCUUCUCUCUGCUUUGUAAAAGAAAAUGUUUGUAGGUCACAUGGGAUCAAAUUCUUCCUUUCUGGUGCUCCCUUAAAAAAAAAAAAAUACGGUACAGAACAUAUAACUUGCCAAGCACGUGAAAAACUUGGAGACUUUCACCCACAAUGCCUUAAAAAUCAUGGGUAGAACAUUACAUGCCCAUCUUUUCUAAAAGAAAUUUCUAAAUUUCUUUCUAAAAAAAUCAGUCAUGGGUUGUUGGGGUUUUUUGGUUGUCACCGUGUUUUCUAUCCAAUUUAAGCUCUGUUCAGUUGAGAGAACAAUGAUAUAAAUCCUCAAAGGUUUUUAUAGGCAUCAUGACACUAAUUUUCUGGACCGUUUUUGUAAUAAAUGGAAUCAACCUGACAAAAA